CAACCUAUUAUUCUUGCAACUGAACAUACUCUCUUGACUGAACAUACUCUUUUGAAUAAACAUACUCUCCAACACCAUGAACCACUCUUGUUCAAUGGCUAUGGUUCUAGCCACUGUAAUGAUGCUGGCUUCAGCUCCCGCUCUUUUAGUUGCUGCACCAACUAAACGUUCUAUUGUUAAUUUCGGUCCUUUGACUACAAAUGUCCAUUUACACUCACUUCCUGCUCGCAGUCCCUUGUAUAUGCCCAACAGUAUUCUACCCUUGACUCCUGAAGAAACUGCCCUCGAGUAUCUGUCAGAUAUUGCAAAUGUUCCUAGGUCCUCUCUCUAUAUCAAAUCGGUUGUCGAGACAAAGGGUCGCAUGUACCAUGUUCAUGUUCAGCAAAGACUGAGUGGCAUCGACAUCACCAAUGCAGUUGGAAAUGUUAAUAUUGAUGCCAGGGGUUUGGUCAUCUCUGCUGGCCAUAAUUUUGUAACCCGUCCUGUCUUUGCUGCUGCUACCUCUGCUAUGGGUGGUGAUUCUCUUGAUUCUGAUAGCAGAGAUGGCAAACAACUGCCUAUGCUGCUCACUCAAUCCGAUACAAACUCGUUCACUAUUGAGCAGGCCCAUAUUCCAGUUUCUACCAAAAUGGACAACUUGAAACUCAGUCCCCUGGAUGCUGUAAUGGCUGCCGGAGAGUAUCUUGGUAUCAAUGUGGAAAAUGCAGUGCUCACUCAAACAUUGGUUGCAGAUAAUACCGAAAAUGAUGGUCAUUUGUCAUAUACCAUUACGGGUGUUUCUGAUGCCAUUCAAGACAUUACUGCAAAACUCAUGUUUAUCCAAAGCGAUGGUGGCCAUAAACUCACUCCUGUGUGGGAUGUGGUCAUGGAUUUGGAUUCCAACUGGUAUCAUAUUCAGGUAGAUGCUCACACAAGUCAAGUGAUGGGUCUCAUCGACUGGGUAAACGGUGCGUCUUACGAUGUCUAUCCACUUGGUGUCAAUGAUCCCGACUCGGGAAAACGUGCUAUUGUUUUUGACACGGAACAUCCUGAUGCAAGUCCCUACGGAUGGCAUAGUAAAGGCACCACGCGUGAUGCUUACAACACCACUAUAGGAAACAAUGUGUUUGCUCAAGAUAAUCCUGACGGCGGAAACUCUUGGCGCAACAAUUACAGACCAAGUGCAAACGAUAAAAUGGCUUUUGAUUUUUCAAUUGACGAGAAAAAGAAUCCCACUUCCUACCUUGACGCUGCCAUCACCAAUCUGUUCUACUAUAACAAUAUCAUCCACGAUCUGUUUUAUCUGUAUGGAUUUGACGAAAAGGCUGGCAAUUUUCAGAAUGACAACUAUGGCAAUGGCGGAAAAGGUAACGAUGCCGUUAUUGCCAAUGCUCAGGAUGGAUCGGGAUACAAUAAUGCCAACUUUGCCACUCCUCCUGAUGGCUCUCAACCACGUAUGCGCAUGUAUGUAUGGACUGUCACAAAACCCUACCACGAUGGCGAUCUUGAAAGCGGUAUCAUCAUCCACGAAUAUUCUCAUGGUAUUUCCAUCCGCUUAACUGGAGGUCCCAGCAACUCUGACUGUCUUGGUUGGGGAGAAAGUGGUGGCAUGGGUGAAGGAUGGGGCGACUUCUUUGCCACUAUUGUGCGCAUGACUCCAGAAAACACCAGAAACGAUGACUUUGGCAUGGGUAGCUAUGCUAGUGGACGUGCUGGCAUUCGCAAAUACGCCUACUCCACAUCGUUCAAAACUAAUCCAUCUACCUAUGGCUAUCUUAAAAAACCACUCUACUGGGAGGUGCAUGCCAAGGGUGAAGUAUGGGCCGAGAUUCUCUACGAGUUUUAUUGGGCUCUAGUUGACAAACACGGAUUUGAUGGUAACUGGUUUGACAACAAGCUAUCUACCGAGCCAGGUCGUCAUUUGACAGGUCUGUCUGGCAACAAACUUGCUCUUCAACUUGUUGUGGAUGGUUUAAAACUGCAGCCUUGUUAUCCUACAUUUGUUUCUGCUCGUGAUGCCAUCCUGCUUGCUGACCAAACUGGUACAAUGGGUGAGAAUCAGUGCGUGAUCUGGAACGCAUUUGCCAAACGUGGUCUUGGUCUGAGUGCUCUUUCUGGUGGCACCGAGGCAUUCGAUGUACCUGAAGAAUGUGAAGAACAUAAAGAUCCCUCUCCUCCUACGCCAACCCCUACACCACCUCCAAAAGAGCCAGAGCAUCCGAAAAAGCCAAAACACCCGAAAAAGCCAAAACAUCCAAAAGGACCAAAAAAGCCAUAUGAAUUUGACGGUGUCGAGUUUUAUAAACAACACAAGUCUUCAAAGCAACAAGAAACACUUUAAAGCCAUAUUUGGGCUUUAAAGACGAGGAUGUGAAUGAUUGUGUCUGCCAAGUAUAUAAACAACCUGUUUAUUGUUAAUACGAAUUCAACUUUUGAAUUCAAGUUGAAAGACUUUAGUACUUUUUAUGGUCGGAUCAAGAUUUACAGCUGUAUUCACGUAAAAUGGGACACUAAAUAAAAGUACCAAGUACAUAAUAAACAACCAGUUUUAAAUG